AUGAAGGCUUCUUUCGUCCCCUUGCUCCUGACUGGGCUAGCAGGGCUGGCGUCAGCCGCCUCCAUUGCUGACGCUCCUCAGUGCGCUAUAUCCUGCGCUCUUUCGGCUCUUCCCCAAUCGCCUUGCACCAUCUCGAAUCAAACGUGUCUUUGUGUCGAUCCGACUUUCAACAGGCUUGUUGGCGACUGCAUCAAAGAUGCGUGUACAAUAAAGGAAACAUUGGCUGUUACAAACUUGACAUGGUCGUCCUGCGGGCUUCCCCUGACUGAUCGGACGAGUACGGCACGAUACACAACAAUCUUUCUAUUCAUACUACCAGUGGUUUUCAUGGCAAUCCGACUAUCGGCUAGGAUUCUGCGUCUUGCACCCUGGGGCGCAGAAGACACAGCAAUAUGUAUCGCUUUUGCAUUUUUGAUACCCUUUCCACCGAUCAUCUUCGCCAUGAUGCGAUAUGGUUUAGGACGAGAUAUCUGGACAUUGCAGCCAUAUGAGAUUACAAUGUUUCUGAAACUUCAGUUCGUUCUCCAGCUCUUUUACAUCUCAGGACUGGCAGUCAUCAAGGCAUCGGUGAUAUAUUUGUAUAUACGAGUCUUCAGCAUUCAAGGCUUCAGAACCCUUCUCUGGUGCACGCAGAUUUUCAACUUUCUUCUCGGGGGAAGCUACAUCUUGCUCAGCCUCGUUCAGUGCCAGCCAUUCCAGCACUAUUGGAACGGGUGGGAUGGCGAGCAAGAUGGCCACUGCGCAGAUCUCAACACAAUCGGCUUGACGCACGUAGCGUUCAAUAUUGCGCUAGACGUGUGGAUGCUGAUUCUUCCGGCAACGCAACUGUAUAAGCUUAACAUGGAACUCAAGAAGAAAAUUGGCGUGAUGGCGAUGUUCAGUGUAGGCGUCUUCCUCACUUCAGUCAGCAUCGUACGAAUUAAAAGUCUUCUGGUCUUUGCUACAAGCUUCAAUAUCACUGCCGAGUGCCUUUGGGGUAUUAUUUGGUCCUAUGUAGAGCUCUGCGUGGGGAUCUUCGUUGCCUGCAUGCCUGCCGCCCGGCAGCUUGCGUGGAGGUUCUUCCCCAAACUUGUCAAUUACACCCGAGAAUCACUUACGGGGUCAAGUAAAUCAAAGCGUGAGGUGCAGAACGAGGAACUCACACCUAUCGCCAAGGGCAGACAGUCCUCAAAGAGAUCUGGUGCCACCACGGUUACUGACUGUUUGAGACACGAAGAGUGCUGCUACCACGGCAAUGUCAUCCCAGCUUGGAUUUUCUCGAUCUCUAUUUCCAACUUCUACUGA